CAAUUAUCAAGCUUUUAUUUGACACUGAAGAAGCUACGACGAAUAAUUGGAAUGUGUCAAAAAUUUAGGAAAACAAUGAAAUAUACAAUUUCCCAAUAUAUCUAAUAUGUUACACACAUGAUCAAAUAACCAUUGCAACAUGAUGGAACCAUUAUCAAACUCUAAGGCUGUUGACAAUACACACGAAGAACAAUUUGAAUCAUCUGUUACAGUCAUUGAAAAACAAGCACAAAAGAGAAUUUUCAAAAUCAUUGUUAUAGGAGACUCUAAUGUUGGUAAAACAUGUUUGACAUACAGAUUUUGCUGUGGAAAAUUUCCAGAUAAAACAGAAGCAACCAUUGGUGUUGACUUCAGAGAGCGAAUGGUAGAAGUUGACAAGGAACAAAUUAAACUACAACUUUGGGAUACAGCUGGUCAAGAAAGAUUUCGUAAAUCUAUGGUACAACACUAUUACAGAAAUGUCCAUGCUGUUGUCUUUGUUUAUGAUGUCACAAAAAUGAGUUCAUUUGAGAGUAUGCCAGCUUGGAUAGAAGAAUGUGAUCGACAUAACCUGAAUCAGGAAAUACCCAGAAUUCUAGUGGGUAACAAGUGUGAUAUGAAGGCUAAGGUUGCUAUAAAUACAAAUUUAGCUCAGAAAUUUGCAGACUCACAUAGUAUGCCUUUAUUUGAAACCUCUGCAAAGGAUGAUGAAAAGGCCAAUCAUGUUGAAGCCAUCUUUAUGACAUUGGCUCAUAAGCUGAAAAACUCCAAACCCAUGAUGACACCUUUCAUUGCUCCAACAAAUUUACCAAGUAAUGUUCAAGUUAUCUCCCUUCAGGAUAAGAAGGACAGUGAAAAAGAUCAAUGUAUUUGUUAAAAUCAGUUGUUUUAGUGAUCAUUUAAUUAUUUAUUAUAUUGUUAACAACAUAAAAUGAUGGGAUUGCUUUAUAUUUAUGAUUUUUCUUUAUUGAAAAAUAUUUUUAAACUUGGACAAUAUCAUUAAAAAUCAUUGUUGAUGAAAGGCAUUUGAAGCUUGACAUAUAUGGACAAACCCCAUCUUCAUACCUACAUGUAUCAACUUCUUUACCGUUACUCACUUUCAAACUGAGAGAUUUGAAGAUUUAUUAGUCUACAUUCAGCCUUCAGAAAAAAUAACCCAGAAAAAUACAGUUGUCUUCCCUUGAAUACAUAUGAAGGAAAGUUGAUCUCUGAUUAGUAUAGGUAUUUUAAAAGAUAUGUUGGUAUUUAAAUUGUUUUCUUUUUCAUCAAUAUAUAGUAUUGAUUGUUUCAAUGCAGUUUGAAUACCCUUAGGCCUUAUGUUUUGUUAUUGAACUAAUGUUUAAGAAGUUUUAUCUAGAUAUAGGAAGAUGUGGUGUGAGUGCCAAUGAGACAACUCUCCAUCCAAAUAACAAUUUAAAAAUUAAACCAUUAUAGGUUAAAGUACGGCCUUCAACACGGAGCCUUGGCUGUCCACUUUUCAUGUUGUUGGUUCUACAAAGAAUUUUUCUAGUCUUUACACUGGAAAGAAGAUGUAUUUUUUCUAGUGUUGUAUUUUGGUAGAUUAUCAAUAUUUUGUUUAAUAUUUGUCAUAUGUUCAAUCAUGCAUAUCAUGUUUAUUGUAUUUACUGUAUAUUAAUACAAUUACUCAUUACAGUUAAACAAAGAAGUAAAUGUAUCUACUCUUCAAUUAUGUUUAACAUUCCAAAGACAAAAAUAAAAUCACAUUUUUUUAGAGUAACUCUAAGCAAAGGUCACAUUUACACACAUAAAUAUAUAUUUCGACACAUAGACAUGUUUUAUUUUGAAGGUGAAGAUCAUAUCCAUACAAUCAAAAACACUAAAUUUAUUUUCCAGACUGAACCACUGUUUUGAUAUAGUGCAUUGAGCAUUACACGUUCUUUCCACUUCUAGGGGUGUUUAAAAUCAUUUCCAAAAACAUUAAAAAAUCAACCAAUGAAAUAUAUGAUAUGAUAUUAGAGUUCAAAAAUAUGUGAAUGAGUUUAACCAUACUCAUAAAAAAAUUACUUAAAUUGUGCAUGGUGCAUAAUGUAAUAUUUAAAAUUGGAGUUAUCUUUCUUUGUCCAUAAUUUUAGUUGGACAAGUCAAUGCCUGCCAAUAUUAAGUAUAACUUCCCAUUACAAAAUGAAUGAAAUCUAUAUCCUUCAGAGCUCACAAGCACUUUGAUUGUUGGUUUAGUCUGUCAUUGUUUUUUACCCCAAAUUUACUUUUCAUUUCUAUGUAAUUCAAAGAUUAAUUAUUUGAGCUUACUAUUGAUGAUUAUGUAAUGUUUAUUUUUAAAUUGCCUAUUUAAAUUGUUCUAGUAAAAACAGUUCUUUUUGUGUGAUUUGCAUUUUUAUGUGAAUUUAAUUUUAUAAUAUGAAAAUUAAGCACUGUAUUCUAUCUGAUCUUGCAUGAACAUAACAAGUGGGCAUUGAGAAGGCAAGUGAGUGUGCCAUUUUUGUUUUGUAUUCCCUUAUUAUGUUUGAUAAGAAAGAAAUAGUAUUACUGAACUGCAGGUUUUGAUUUUGAGUAUUGUGAUAUUGUUAUUAUUUGCCAAAAGAAAAUGGAAGUCUUCUGUCCUGAAUGAAAUAAUUAUUACAUUUACUGUUAGAUAAGUUCUUGUGAAUUAAACACUUUAUUAUAAACUG